CUGCAUUGGCUUUCAAUGUUGGUUGCAGUUUCAGCGCUGAAAUCGAACGGAGUACUACAUUAUCGUUAAGAACAUUUCAGCAGUUUCAUAGACAUGGCAUUGCGUUGGAAUAUGGAGGAAGAUGUUCUAGGCAGUCCACUAGCACAGAUUAAAGCACAAAUUUUGACAGAACUUAACCACAUAUUGCAAGAAAAUUCAGAAAUUGAUCUUGAAGAUGAGAGGCAGCAAGUUAUGACAAGGAUUGAAUGUGAAGUUCUGAAAAUAGUGCAGGAUAUUUCUGAAGGAAAGUCACCUGUAAUACAGCUUCCUAAUCCAGACUGGGCAAGUGUUGAUUAUGAUGAUGGGGCGCUGCGAAUGAAGCCUCGCGCGCAGUGCAGCACCAGAGAGAUCCGCUGGUCGGCGCCACGGUCACGACCACGCAUGGCGUUGCUGGUCUCCACGUUGGCACGCGCCUACAAAUUGCUGGCCACUCGGUCCACCAUCACACGCAGGGCUCUGUACUACGAGCAGGCGGGCGGCGCGCGCAGCCAGCGCGCGGUGGACGCGGCGGCGGCGGACGUGGGCCGGCUGCUGGGCGUGCCCGCGUGGCGCCUGGGGCUGCUGGCGUCGGGCAAGGCGCUGGUCGCUGGCCCGCUGCUCAUCACCACGGCGGAGGGCGGCCGCAUCGACUGCGCGCGCGCCGCCGCAGGUCAACUGGUGCCUCAGGACGUGGCGGGCAUCAGGGAGCUGCGAGCGGACUCUGCGCGCCUGGUGCUGCUGGUGGAGAAGGACGCCGUCUUCCAGAAGCUGCUGGACCAGGGCGUGCAGCAGGCGCUGGGCCCCUGCAUCCUCCUCACGGGCAAGGGCUUCCCCGACGUGAACGCUCGCCUGUUUCUGCGCCGACUGUGGGACUCCCUGAGGCUGCCCGUGCUGGCACUCGUGGAUGCCGACCCGUACGGCAUCGAGAUCAUGUGCGUCUACCGCUUCGGCUCCCUGGCGCUGUGCGACGCUGCGAGCCGGCUGGCGACGCCGGCCGUGCGCUGGCUGGGCGUGCUGCCGUCGGAGCUGGCGCCGCUCGGCGUGCCCGCGCAGCCGCUCACGGCGGCCGACCGGCGCAAGCUGGCCGCGCUCGCCCGCAGGCCCUACGUGCGCCGCUGCCCCGCCAUCCUGCACCAGGUGCAGACGUUGCUGACUGACGACCACAAAGCUGAAAUCGAAGCGGUAGCAGGCCUGUCGCGCGAGUACCUGGUUCGUGGGUACUUGCCCAACAAGAUCCGGUGUCGCGAUAUCGUCUGA